GCAGGCCGCGAGUUGCUCAAUGUGGAUACCUUCAACCACUUGGGUGAUGUGCGGUUGGCUUUGCCCUGGAGAGUCCCGGCAGCCGUCACCGCUAACGGAGAGCCUAUGCCGGAGGAUCCGAUUGAGGCUCUGGGUUGGGUGCUUCCGGAGUUGCACAAAAGGAUUUCGCAGGCAAGCCUGCUUCCCGUGAAGUUGGUGGGUGAGUACUUCGACAAGCUCCGCGAAAAGCUUCUUGUACACCACGAGGAGCUCAAGAAAUCUGCUCUGGAUAUCCAGAAGCUGCAGAAGGAGGAGAGAAGUCUCGAUGUGGAGACUCGGGCGGCCGCACACUUGCGGUUGGCCAUCCAGCGGAUGAAUAUGUACUCCGAGGAUGCCAAGAUUGCUUCCGGAGCGGUGCAAAAGCCCGCCAAGGCCAAGAAGAGCGAGGCCGGUGAUGUGGAUUGGUUGUGGAUGCUUUCAAUCCUGUGCUAA